GAAGAGCAGUAUCACAGAAUACAGGCCUCGAUGUUUGAGCUGCAUGAAGACUGGAGGAACUUUGAGGAGCUGAACCACAGAGAACGGGAGGACGUGUUCGAGCUCUUUGAAGGGCUGAGGAGGGAAUGGGUCACCUGGGCAGAACAGAGAAUGCAGGAGAGAAACAUUCUGGAGGAGGAACGAGAAACCAGGGAACAUGACCGGAGGAAAGAGAGGGAGGAGUGGAGGAAGCAGAGGGAAUUCAUGGAGUUUGCAUAUGAGCGCAUGGAACUCCAACAUGAGAUGGAAAUAGAAAGGUUGGAGGUGGAGAUAAGGGAACUGAGAUCACUUAUCUUACACAUAACUGAGGUGAAAACUGAGAGAGAGAGCACUGAGGAGACGUACGAUCCGGUCACCCAGGCCACGGGAGAGACAACUGCGGUUCUGAUAGAGGAGGGGAUCAGUGAGAGAGAAAUGGAGAACGAGCGGAACCUCGUCACAGUGGAGAUAGAAAGCAGUGAGAGGGAGAGCAAGAAAGAGGGGAAAGCAAGCCAGAAACACGAGAAGAAAAAGAGUUUUUGGUCAUGGUUCCGCUGUAGAAAACGAGUCACCACAAAAAAGAGUGCAAAGAGGAGACAGGUGGACAAAGUGCUCUGAACUUGAGGAAAGUGGGAAAAUUGACACAUCCCAUACUAGCUGGGGAGAGCAGCAGGGAGACUGAGAAAAAGACAGAGGGAUAGGCCAAUGUCAGUAAGACUGAAACAGAGCAAGAACAAAAACAGAACAAGAAGACAAAAGGUUUAUGGUCUGCCUGGCGUGGGAAAAAAUAAGAUGGAAGAUAAAAGAAAAGGGCCCAGAUGGUGCUGCAGCAGAAUCACCUCUGGCUGGAGGCUACAGCAGGCCAGGCUUGGACCGAAGCAACACAGGGUGACGGAUUCCAGGACCGACCUGUACAGGCCCCUCAGAGUCACGUGGUGGUGAGGCAGUCACAGUGAGCGGUAGGUAAGGUUGGUAGGCUGGUAAGAGGACAGCUGGGAUGGAGAACAAGGUACGGGAUUUAACUUAGUAUUUAAACUUCAGAGGAAUAGAAACAGGCAAAAAGUUUUUAAAUGACUAAACCGGAAGAACUAUGGUGGCCAGAUAGUUCCUCCAACUGCCCAGAACAUUAAUCAUAAACACCUGUUUUCUGUAAUCAUU